AUGGAUACGAGUUUACGGCUUCCUCAACCCUUGGAACGGGGAUCAGCGAAGAGCAAGAGUAGUCUUCUUCCAUUAUCUCGGCGUGGCCACGGUUCCAACGGCCGGAAGAUUAAUCUGCUCACUAAUCACUUUAGUGUCGACUUCAGUAUUAGAGAACUAAACUCUCAAUAUUUCUUCCAUUACAGUGUUGCUAUCACAUAUGAGAAUGGUAGUCCAGUUAUGACCAAGGGUGUUGGCAGAAGGAUUCUUGAAAAAGUUCAACAGACUUAUCAAACUGAUUUGGAUUUCAAACACUUUGCUUAUGAUGGCGACAAGAGUCUUUUCACUGUUGGCCCUCUUCCCAGAUCAAAACUAGACUUCUCUGUUGUUCUUGAAGACGUGCCUUCUAGGAGAAAUGCCGAGAAAAGACUAAAGCUUCCCCACCAAUCCGAGAAAUACAAUGUUGCAAUCAGCUUUGCUGCAAAAAUCCCAAUGCAAGCCAUUUCACAUACUCUUCAAGGAAGGGAAAGAAAUCGUAUUCAAGAUAUGAUUAGAGCGAUGGAUGUCAUUUUGGGCCAAAACGCAGCUAGACAAGGUUGCCUUCUAUUUCGCCAAUCUUUCUUCUACAACGACGCAAAGUACUUUGCGAAUGUUGGUGAAGGUGUUGUUUGUUGCAAAGGAUUCCAUUCAAGCUUCCAAAAUACUCAGGGAGGCUUGUCCCUCAAGAUUGAUGUUUCGACUACGAUGAUCAUAAAACCAGGUGCUGUUGUUGAUUUCCUUAUUGAAAAUCAAGGUGUGAAAGAUCCAUUCUCUAUUGACUGGAAAAAGGCUAAAAGUGCUCUCAAGAAUCUAAGAGUUAAAGUCAUCCACUCAAAUCGAGAAUACAAGAUAACCGGACUAAGUGAACUACGCUGCAAAGAUCAACCCUUUACUCUGAAGAAAAAGAACGCAAACGGGGAAGCUGAGGAGGUUGAAACGACAGUGUUUGAUUACUUCACUAAAAUGCGUGAUAUAAAACUGCAUUAUUCAGGUGACUUACCUUGUAUCAAUGUCGGUAAACCAAAUCGUCCUCCUGUUUACUUUCCCAUUGAGCUCUGUGAGCUUGUAUCUCUACAACGCUAUACGAAAGCUCUUACCAGUUUCCAGAGGAGUAACCUAGUGAAAGAAGCAAGGCAAAAGCCACAACAGAACAUGGAUGUAUUAACCAAAGCUUGCAAAAACAGUAACUAUAAUGAUGACCCCAUGUUGCAAGAUUGUGCUGUUAGAAUUGGCUCUGGCCUCACUCAACUCCAUGGUCGCGUGUUACCAACACCAAAGCUAAAAGCUGGCAAUGGAGCAGACAUAUUUCCUAGUAACGGGAGUUGGAACUUCAUUGACAAGAAAUUUUUUGAGCCAGCUACAGUGACUAGAUGGGCUGUUGUGAACUUCUCUGCUCGCUGUGACCCGCACAAGAUUAUUCGUGAGUUGAUCAGAUGUGGAAAGAUGAAAGGAAUUAACGUAGAUCCUCCAUACCGUGUCGUGUUUGAAGAAAAUGCUCGGUUUAAGGGUGAACCUGGUUCUGUAAGAGUUGAUAAGAUGUUUGAAUAUUUACAAUCAACACUCGGCCAAAGUCCUCCAAAGUUCCUUCUAUGCAUACUCGAAAAGAAAAACUCUGAUGUUUAUGAAAAAUCUUGUUCAGUUUGGAAUCGUGAAUCAUGUAUUGUUCCUCCUCAAAACGUAAAGGAGCAGUAUCUCAUAAAUGUUCUCCUCAAGAUAAAUGCCAAGCUUGGUGGAUUGAACUCAAUCUUGGAUAUGGAGCAGACACGAGCAAUGCCUUUGGUAAUGAGAGUUCCUACCAUCAUUAUUGGGAUGUCUAUAUCUCAUGGCUCUCCGGGACAGUCUGAUGCACCAUCAAUUGCUGCGGUUGUGAGCUCCAGAGAAUGGCCAUUUAUCUCAAAAUACAAGGCUUGUGUGCGUACACAGACCCGUAAAGCUGAAAUCAUUGAAAACCUCUUUAAACCCGUCUCUGACAAAGAUGAUGAAGGUAUCAUGAGGGAGCUCUUGCUUGACUUUGAGUCAAGUUCUGGAGUGAAACCAAAUCACAUUAUCAUUUUCAGGGAUGGUGUGAGUGAGUCUCAGUUUAACCGAGUUCUUAAUAUUGAACUGGAUCAGAUGAUGCAAAAAAACCACCAUACCAAGUUCUUCCAGACCAGAAGCCCUGAUAAUGUUCCUCCAGGAACAAUAGUUGAUAGCAACAUCUGUCACCCACGCAACAACGACUUCUAUCUUUGUGCUCAUGCUGGAAAGUUUGGAACUACAAGGCCAACACAUUACCAUGUGCUCUACGACGAAAUUGGAUUCAAUACAGAUAACCUCCAAGAACUUGUGCAUUCUCUAUCCUAUGUCUACCAGCGAAGCACAUCUGCCAUCUCUCUUGCUGCGCCUAUAUGCUAUGCUCAUUUGGCAGCUUCACAGAUGGCAACUGCAAUGAAGUUUGAGGACAUGUCUGAGACUUCACCGAGCCAUGAUGGGAUCACAACAGCUGGAGUAGUCUCUGUGCCACCCAUGCCGAAGCUGAACACCAAGGUUUCUGGUUCAAUGUUCUUCUGUUGAAAGAGAUAAAUAGGCACCAUUCAUUGACUUGGCUUUUUCUCCUGAUUAAUGAACAAACCAAAGACACAAGAUUCUCUCUCUCGUUCUAUGACUUUUCCUUAGAUUCUAUUUUUUUUUGUUUUUAUAAAUAUAUUCACCGUUGACU